CACUCCUUCCUCCUUAAUCCCAUUCACAUGAUUGAAACUCAUAUUUCCUGUGUUGGAGGUAGUUGAUUUCAAUCAUCUUAGCUAGUUCAGCUCGAGUCACCUGUUCGUUUUCCCUGAUUAAUAGAGUACUUUUUUUUUUUUUAUUGUACAAUCCAGAUUGUAAAAUAGAUAGAAUAGUUUUAUGGGGAAUUAUAUGUCAUAUGGCCGCCGGUCCGAAAGUGGUACUGGGAAGGUUGUCUUGGGGGAUGGGACGGUGCAGGAAUUUGAUGGGACAUUAACUGUGGCGGAGCUGAUGCUAGAGCAUCCACAACAGGUGGUGGUGGAGUUCCACUCGGCGGUGGCUGAAAAAAAGCCGACUCCUUUACCAGCGGAUAAGAAGCUGGACAUGGGGAAGGUUUACUUGAUGCUUCCUUUAAAGCGAGGGAAGCCGGCUGCAUUGUCGUCGGAGGAAGCUCGUUGUGUUCUUUUGAGUGCGACCACUUUGCUCCGGUCGAAGUCACUUUUUUCAUCGCGGAAGUUUCUUCCUUUAUUUGCAGGGAUUUGUACUACUGGUCCUGCAGAGAAAAUGCAGAGGUUAUCACCGCCGCGGGAGAACGGGCGAGAGAGGAAUGAGGAGGUUGAGUCGGUGGUGGAGUUUUUGCCGGAGAGUUUGGAAGGGAGGCCGGAAUACAUGAGUAGGCAAAUUUCCUGUAAAGGAUGGAAACCCAGCUUGGAUACCAUAAAGGAGAAGAAUGUUAAGGUAAAGGUAUCCCACUGGCUGUUUUAGAGACAAAUUAAGUUUUUUUUAUUGAUUACGUUAAGGUUGUAGUGGAGACAAAUUAAUUUUUGUUAUUGAU